GCCCAUUCAUUGAUAGAAUACAGCUGUUAAAGUUUGUGUUGUAGGCAACCCUCAACAGUUGUUAGGUUUACUGACAUCGAAACAAAAAGAUCUGGGUUUCCAUUCAUCGAUUCCACUGCUCCCUUUCCUACCAUACAAUGGCAUUAGAAUGCGUUGGUGGUGCUUUUCUUUCUUCUUUCCUCGGGACUGUAUUUCAGAAGCUGGCUUCUCCUCAAGUUCUGGAUUUCUUUCGUGGAACAAAGAUCGAUCAGAAGCUGCGGAAGGACUUAGAAAACAAGCUCUUCUCCAUCCAAGCUGUGCUUGAUGAUGCUGAACAAAAACAGUUUGGAAAUAUGCAAGUGAGAGACUGGCUUAUUAAGCUCAAAGUUGCCAUGCUUGACGUUGAAGAUGUCUUGGAUGAAAUACAACACUCCAGACUUCAAGUUCAACCUCAAUCUGAAUCUCAAACCUGUACUUGCAAGGUACCUAAUUUCUUUAAAUCUUCCCCUGUUAGUUCCUUUAACAAGGAAAUUAAUUCCAGCAUGAAAAACGUGCUUGAUGACCUAGAUGAUCUUGCAAGCCGGAUGGAUAAUCUAGGUUUGAAAAAGGCUAGUGGUCUUGUAGCAGGAUCAGGAUCAGGAUCAGGAUCUGGUGGUAAAGUGCCACAAUCAACAUCUUCAGUGGUUGAAAGUGAUAUUUGUGGCAGAGAUGGUGAUAAAGAAAUCAUCAUUAACUGGCUCACUUCUGACACUGAUAACAAGCUGUCAAUACUUUCUAUCGUGGGCAUGGGCGGGUUGGGUAAGACCACGCUUGCCCAACUUGUAUACAAUGACCCAAGAAUAGUGAGUAAGUUUGAUGUCAAAGCUUGGAUCUGUGUUUCAGAGGAAUUUGAUGUUUUCAACGUAUCAAGAGCAAUUCUUGACACGAUUACUGAUUCGACUGAUCAUGGUAGAGAGCUAGAAAUAGUUCAGAGAAGACUUAAAGAAAAAUUGGCAGAUAAAAAAUUUCUCCUCGUUUUGGAUGACGUUUGGAACGAAAGCAGGCCUAAAUGGGAAGCUGUGCAGAAUGCUCUUGUUUGUGGAGCUCAGGGAAGUAGGAUCCUUGUCACAACACGCAGUGGGAAAGUUUCUUCUACCAUGGGGUCAAAAGAACACAAGCUGAGGCUAUUACAAGAAGAUUAUUGCUGGAAAUUGUUCGCAAAACACGCAUUCAGAGAUGAUAAUCUUCCACGAGAUCCAGGAUGCCCAGAGAUUGGUAUGAAGAUUGUUAAAAAAUGUAAAGGGCUUCCUCUGGCCUUGAAGUCAAUGGGAAGUCUAUUACACAGCAAACCAUUUGCCUGGGAAUGGGAAGGCGUGUUGCAAAGCGAAAUAUGGGAAUUAAAGGACAGUGAUAUUGUUCCUGCUUUAGCAUUGAGCUAUCACCAACUUCCUCCCCAUCUCAAGACAUGUUUUGCUUACUGUGCUUUAUUCCCCAAGGAUUAUAUGUUUGACAGGGAGUGUUUAAUUCAGUUGUGGAUGGCUGAAAAUUUCCUAAACCACCAUCAAUGCAAUAAGAGUCCAGAAGAAGUUGGCCAACAGUACUUCAAUGAUCUACUAUCAAGGUCCUUCUUUCAACAAUCAAGCGAAAAUAAAGAAGUAUUUGUCAUGCAUGACCUUCUAAAUGAUUUGGCAAAAUAUGUUUGUGGGGACAUCUAUUUCAGGUUGGAAGUUGAUCAAGCUAAAAAUACACAGAAAAUAACCCGUCAUUUUUCAGUUUCAAUCAUUACCAAACAAUAUUUUGAUGUGUUUGGAACUUCAUGUGAUACUAAAAGGUUACGUACAUUUAUGCCAACAAGCAGGAUCAUGAAUGGAUAUUACUAUCAUUGGCAUUGCAAUAUGUUGAUACAUGAAUUGUUCUCCAAGUUUAAGUUCUUACGUGUCUUAUCUCUGUCUUGUUGUUCUGACAUUAAAGAGCUGCCUGACUCUGUUUGCAAUUUUAAACAUCUCCGUUCAUUAGACCUCUCCAAAACUGGCAUUGAAAAACUACCUGAAUCCACAUGUUCACUCUACAACUUGCAAAUACUGAAGCUGGUCAAUUGUAGACAUUUGAAGAAGCUGCCCUCAAAUUUACAUAAACUCGCCAAUUUGUGCAUUUUAUCUUUGUCUCAGUGUUCUGGGCUUACAGAAGUGCCCAACUCUAUAGGUGAUCUUAAACAUCUUCGUUCAUUAGACCUUUCCCAUACUCGCAUAAAAAAACUACCUGAUUCAACAUGUUCACUCUCCAACUUGCAAAUACUGAAGCUGAACUAUUGUAGAUAUUUGAAGGAGCUUCCCUCAAAUUUGCAUCAACUCACCAAUUUUCAUCGCCUUGAAUUUGUAGAUACUGAACUGAUAAAGGUGCCACCACAUUUGGGAAAGCUGAAGAAUCUUCAAGUUUUGAUGAGUUCGUUUGAUGUUGGUAAAAGUAGCGAGUUCACUAUUCAGCAAUUAGGAGAGCUCAAUCUUCAUGGAAGACUAUCAUUUUGGGAGCUGCAGAAUAUUGAGAACCCCUCAGAUGCAUUAGCUGCAGAUUUGAAAAAUAAAACAUGCCUUGUGGAACUAGAGUUUGGAUGGAAUUCGCACCGGAACCCUGAUGAUUUUGCCAAAGAAAGGGAUGUAAUUGAGAAUCUACAACCUUCCAAACACUUGGAGAAGUUGUCAAUCAGGAACUAUGGUGGUAAACAAUUCCCAAAUUGGUUAUCCGUUAAUUCUUUAUCAAAUGUGGUGUCCUUAGAGUUGCACAACUGUCAAUCUUGCCAACAUUUGCCUUCCCUUGGACUUUUUCCAUUUCUCAAGAACCUUGAGAUUUCAAGUCUUGAUGGGAUAGUGAGCAUUGGUGCUGAUUUUCAUGGGGAUAGCACUUCUUCAUUUCCAUCGUUGGAAACAUUGAAGUUCUCCUCUAUGGCAGCAUGGGAAAAAUGGGAACGUGAAGCUAUGAAAGGUGCUUUUCCGUGUCUUCAAUAUCUUUCUAUUAAGAAAUGUCCAAAGCUGAAAGGUCACCUCCCAGAGCAACUUCUUCCUUUAAAGAAACUUGAAAUUAGUGAGUGCAACAAACUUGAGGCUUCAGCUCCCAGGGCUCUAGAACUAAGCCUAAAAGACUUUGGAAAGCUGCAACUUGACUGGGCUACUUUGAAAAAGCUCAGAAUGGGUGGACACAGCAUGAAAGCAUCGUUGCUGGAAAAGUCUGAUACUUUGAAAGAACUGGAAAUUUAUUGUUGCCCGAAAUAUGAAAUGUUUUGCGAUUGUGAAAUGAGUGAUGAUGGCUGUGACUCUCUAAAGACUUUUCCGCUAGAUUUCUUCCCAGCACUCAGGACCCUUGAUCUCAGUGGCUUUCGUAAUCUACAGAUGAUUACACAGGAUCACACCCAUAAUCAUCUUGAAGUUCUGGCAUUCGGUAAGUGCCCUCAGUUAGAAUCAUUGCCUGGAAAGAUGCAUAUACUGCUUCCAUCUCUGAAGGAGCUACGAAUAUAUGAUUGUCCAAGAGUUGAGUCGUUCCCUGAAGGAGGUUUGCCAUCAAAUCUAAAACAGAUGUAUCUCUAUAAAUGCUCCUCUGGACUUGUGGCCUCUCUGAAAGGGGCUUUGGGAGAAAAUCCCUCUCUGGAAUGGUUGUUGAUUAGUAACCUAGAUGAGGAAUCUUUUCCUGAUGAAGGUUUGCUUCCACUCUCUCUUACUUAUCUAUGGAUCCAUGAUUUUCCAAAUCUAGAAAAACUGGAAUACAAGGGGCUCUGUCAGCUCUCCUCUCUCAAGGGAUUGAAUCUUGAUGACUGCCCCAACCUCCAACAGUUACCAGAGGAGGGUCUUCCCAAAUCCAUUUCACAUCUUAAAAUUUCUGGCAAUUGUCCGUUGCUGAAGCAGCGUUGCCAGAACUCAGGAGGCCAAGACUGGUCAAAGAUUGUUCACAUUCAAACCGUGGAUAUUAAUACAUGGUAGUGACGUUGAUUUUUAAGUAUUUAUCUUGAGACUUUUUUUUAUCUGAAUUAUCAUGAAACUUCUACACCAUUUGUAAAUCAAGGAAAUUACUAAAUAAUUGUUUUCUUACACUUACAUUGUUUUUUAUUAUGCUAUUAAUAACAAAUAUUUGGUAUAUUAUUUAA